CCUGCAGAAUAUAUUGUGAAAUUGUUAUAUUUUUUAUCACUGCAGCGCCACCGUCGUAGGUUGAUUAUCAUUUACGGAGUCUCGAGACUCUUUGGAAUUAUACACAGGCGUGCUGGACGAAUUGAUGUGUGUGGUUCGUUUAUGCUGUGUUAAUAAUUUGCGAGUAAUUGAGAAUAGCUGACUGUUGUAUAAAAGUAGAAGUUAGAGUAAUAGAUUAUAUUCAUCAUGGCAGAAAACGUAACACCAACACAAUCUGAACACUCUCAACCACAAACAGAGAGAGGAUGGAAAGCACUGAAGGAACACAUUAUCGAAAAUAAAAUUCAAGUUGGAUUGUGGACAACGAGAGUUUUUACCAUGUUAUUUACUUUGAGCUAUCUUUUAUCAUUAUCCACAUUUGGAAACCCAUAUAAUGCAUAUUAUAAAGCUUUAAUGAGCAAUGCUGCAACCUAUGCCUUACGUCUUCACCAAAGAGUGCCAAGAGUACAGCUCAGUAGAGAGUUUUUAGCACUAUUACUUCUGGAAGACUCCUGCCAUUAUCUUUUCUACUCUCUGAUAUUUCUAUAUGUUGCUCCGGUCACACUUGUACUCAGCCCAGUUUUUCUCUUCGCACUCCUUCACUCAGCUAGUUAUUCUCUCACGCUUCUUGAUUGCCUUGGACAAAACAGCUGUUGGGCCGCUCGACUGUUGAUAUCCCUGGUUGAAUUUCAGUCUCGCAAUAUUCUCCGCUUGUGUGGAUUAUGCGAGAUAAUGAUUUUGCCACUCACCGUAUUCCUUGUUCUCACCGGUCGAGCCGGUCUAUUCACGCCUUUCAUCUAUUAUCAAUUCUUAUCGUUGCGGCUUUCUUCACGACGAAAUCCUUUCACACGCAACGUUUUCCACGAAAUCAGAAUGGCACUAAGUUCUGUAGCUUCAAGCCCUUCAGUUCCAUAUCUUUUGCGACGCUUGGUUGAAGGAUUGCUUAUGCUCACACAAAGGAUGGCAACAGUAAACCAGUAACUGUCCCAUUGGAAUACUCGGUCAUCGAAAAGCAAAGAGAACUGAGUUAUUAAAAAUGACGAAAAUAACAAAAAAGAUUAUUUAAAUGAAAUCGUUACUGUUUGUCGACAGACGGUAUAUUUUCGGUGUUGCGUUAUUUUUUUCCAUAGUAUAUCUUUUUUCCAGGGAAUAAGGUUAAGUAAUUUAGAAUGUAAGGGAAAAUGAAAAAUUCGUCGGCAUUAUUCGUAUGAUAGUUCUAUAAUUAAUCACUUGGGUGGUUCACAUGGGUCUAAUUUAAUUGCAUUUACACGAAUGCGUUACAAAUUGAUAAGGUUAUUCCGCAAUUUAAUCACGGUUAUAGUCCUUUCAUUUUAAGUAAUGAUAUUUUAUUCAUCAAUCAGUUGGUUUUCACUUUCGAACAGUCACUAUUGUUACACCUAUAAUUUUGAAAUCCAACAGUUCAAUUAGCUUUGGAUGGAUAUAAGAAUGCCAUGAUGCUACACGUGGUAUAGUAUUACAAUCGUGUUAUUGGCUUUUGAUCCAGCGUCGUGACCUGAAUUCCAAUGUCCAUUUCAAACUAAUUUACAAAUCGAGAUAAAUUUCUAUAUAGAGGUUUGCUGAAUAUGUAGGAACAAGAAGUAAACGUGGUGCAUUAUUUGCUUCUUGUCUCCAUAAAAUGAAAAAUUGCCUUUACUACGGUAUUGUCGCACACAAUGUCCAGUGAUUAUAUUGCAAAAUGAAUUUGCGACCAGCAAGAUUUUAAAAAUAUCGUAAAAAUUUUUAAACUGGUAAUAUGCACCUUUUUACUUAUUGAUAGAUUGAUCAACGUAGAAGGGAAAUAGGCGAAUGAUUGAUGAAAUAUUGGCUGACCGAUAUAAAAUACUCUAACGGUAUAAGACAUUUGUUGUCAAUUGUUAGAGUUUUAUAAAAUCGGUAAUUGCCAAAAGUCUCGCUCAACUUUAGUAUCGUUUCUGAGUGCACGGUUAAACACUAUAAGUUGCUAGUUAUUCAAUAAAAUGUUACGGUAAAUCAAUAUUUCAUAAAUAAAACGUAAAAUACAAA